UAAAAGACCUUGUUUUUAUGCUCAGUUUUCAAACAGCCAUCUAGAUCAUUACCAUGUUUCUAAUUUAAUCGAAUACACUCUUCAGUAUAACGACUUAAAACAUGUUGUGUUUUAAGGCUACACAAUGUUGCCUUGCGUUUAUAAGCAACAGGCCUAUAACGGGCGCCUAACAAGAUACAGUUAUGGGAGGCUUCUGACUUUGGGUCACACUGUUCUCUUGAGGGACACAGUCAUUGACUUUGGAUCUUUAUGUGUAUGCCAAAAGAAAUCUUCAUUUUAACUAUCCUAAAAUACACACCAAUUACAGACACACGGGUUAGCAAACUCAACAGUGAGGGAAAAGUGGCUCUGAAAGCAUCCAAUCACAGCAAAGCCAUUGCCAGCGGAGGAAGAUGUUGAUGGUAAUUGAACAUCAAAGGUUAUUGUCUCUUGGAUGUUUGCUGUUUACUUUCAGCUACUCUCUCAUUACGCCAGUUUAGCCUACAUCUUAAACGAUACACAGUCACAAUGAUCUACGUAUGUUCUUUUAACCAAGGUCACUGCUGCAAGUCUAACUGGGGAUCCAGAUGAUUGUGUUUACAAGCAGAUGUGCACGUAGAAAACGUAUAAAUCCAGUAAUAAUGUAUCCAGUCGUUAAAAGCUUCUGCGCUCUGUUUUGGGAUGUUUUAAUACGCAACCAUGUCUACAUUUAACUUACUUCGAAUAGACCUAAUAAUGAAUCGUCAUCAUCAAAAAAAAAAGUAUUUACUCAUCUCAGCUUUGUAAUCACGCGUCACUUUCCUUUUCGGAUGCUUAUAAACAACUCUUUGCGACAACAGAGCCAGUUGAUAAGAAGCUGGAGGUCAGGUGAUUGAGAUUCCCAAAGCGCGAUUAAAGGGAAGCGACUUCUUGUUGCUGAAGGGACAUUCAGUCGACAUCUCAGCUUCUGCGAAGUUUUCCAGAAAGCACCAACGAUGUGGACAUCGCCGUCAGUAUCCCUGCUCCUGUUCGUCUCAUUCUUCCAUGGAUGCAGGAAUUUUGUGUGCCCGAGGAUCUGCCGUUGUUUCUCCAAUGCAAUCAGGUGCAACAAUAUAACACAAGGGUCAGCUCCAGUGAUGGACCACAGGGAUAGAAGAUUGUUUCUUUAUCAUCUGUCUUUGCAAACAAUUUCAAGCCAUUCCUUUGAAGGUUUGAAAGGAGUCCAGAGGAUCUCAAUCCAGAACACAAGGAGUCUGAUGCACAUUGACAGAGGAGCAUUUAACAACCUCCCCAAACUUCGAUACUUGAGUAUUUCAAAUACUGGUAUUGCAGUUUUUCCUGAUGUCACUUCAGUCAGUUCACUUGAAUCUGAGUUUGUCUUGGAUAUAUGUGACAACAUCUUCCUUCUAGAAAUACCCACAAACGCUUUCACUGGAAUGUCAAAGGAAUAUGUUACAAUGAACCUGUACAACAAUGGCAUAAGAAAAAUACACGAGCAUGCCUUCAACAGAACAAAGAUAGAUAAGCUGGUAUUAAAAAAUAAUCGAAACCUUAGAGUGAUCCAUAAAGAUGCUUUCACAGGAGCCACGGGCCCUGGAGUCUUGGAUGUUUCUGCCACAGCUCUCACAAAGCUGCCAUCACAGGGACUGGAGUCAGUUCUAGUGUUGUUUGCUCUGUCCGCCUACACCUUGAAGAGUCUGCCUCCUCUGCAGGGACUGUGGAGUCUGCGAGAAGCUCAUCUCACCUACAACAGCCACUGCUGUGCACUGCUGAGCUGGAACACUCACAGAGACUUAUCAAUUAAUCCUGUGUGGAAUAACAGCUCUACAUCCUGUAUUGAGAGAGAUCCAGCCGGCAGGGUUCAGCCUGUAAUCGGAGGGUCAACAGACACAUCUCUACUUAUGGGCGUGCAGUAUUUCUCGGAAGGUGACCUGCUUGCUGAAGAUGAACCCUAUGGAGAUGUGAAUUUCCACUAUCCAGAACUGGACCUCUGCCAGACCACCCGCACUCUGGUUUGCACACCUGAGGCAGAUGCUUUCAACCCCUGUGAGGACAUCGCAGGUUUCAGUUUUCUCAGAGUAGCUAUUUGGUUCAUCAAUUUACUGGCUAUUACAGGUAAUCUGACAGUGCUGCUGGUCUUCUUCAGCAGCCGGAACAAGCUGACAGUACCUCGCUUCCUCAUGUGCCACCUGGCUUUUGCAGACCUUUGCAUUGGGGUCUACCUUCUGAUGAUAGCUACUGUAGACUUGCGGACUCGUGGUAGCUACAGUCAGCACGCCAUUGAAUGGCAGACAGGACCUGGUUGCAGUGCUGCUGGCUUCCUGUCAGUUUUUGGUGGGGAGCUGUCAGUUUACACACUUUCCACCAUCACCCUGGAGCGUUGGCACACCAUCACCAAUGCUAUGCAGGUAGAGCGGCACCUGGUUCUUAUGCAAGCUGCAGGCAUAAUGGCAGUAGGUUGGCUCAUCUGUCUGGGAAUGGGGAUACUGCCCUUGAUUGGUGUCAGUAGCUACACCAAAGUCAGCAUGUGCUUACCCAUGGACAUAGAGACUCCUUUGGCUCAGGCUUUUGUCAUAAUUAUCCUGCUCCUCAAUGUGGGCGCCUUCCUCAUUGUUUGCGUUUGCUAUGUGCUGAUCUACCUGGCUGUAAAAAAUCCUGACUUACCUAGAAGAAGUGCAGAGACCAGGAUCGCACAGCGCAUGGCGGUACUCAUCUUCACGGAUUUUCUGUGCAUGGCACCCAUCUCCUUCUUUGCCAUCUCUGCUGCUUUUAAGUUUCCCCUCAUCACAGUUACCAACUCCAAAAUUCUGCUGGUCCUCUUUUUUCCCAUCAAUUCCUGUGCCAAUCCCUUCCUCUAUGCUAUCUUCACUAAAGCUUUCAGAAAGGAUGCUUAUAAACUCAUGAGUACCAUAGGCUGCUGUGGAAACAAGGCUGCUCAGACAGAAAGGAAAUAGAAAAGAAAUGCAUGCAAAUUUUCAAUUCAUCAAAUAGUAAAUGUUUGUAUUACAUAUAUCAGCAUCAUAUAUAGUCUAAUACUAUGACUUACUCUUGAAAGUAGUCUGCUCCAUCAUCUUGUUUACUUCAUAUGUAAUUCAUUGUUGCAUGACUAUGCAAAAGGAUCCACUUUCAUAAGCAUAAGAAUGUAAGUGAGACUAGCCAUACAUACACAGUUAGAUCCAUAAUUUGGUGGACAAAGACCAGAAAAUUUUUUGACUUUGUUGCAUUUCCUGAUUAAGAAUUACAGAAAUUUCACUUCUCCAUUUUCAGAGGCUCAAAAACAAUCGGACAGUUGACUGACAAGCGAUUCAAUGACAAGUUGAUGCCUAUUUCCUUGUUAUUUCAUGACAAAUUAAAGUACUUAUACACAGAUUGAAUGCAUGGUUGAAUCUUGAUUUCAUAGCUUUUCACUGUCAUUUAAAAAAAUGAGGCCCAAAUUAAUGUAUAUGCAAAUGAGGGAGACUUAUGAUUUAAAUCAUGUUACAUUAUCAGUCAAACAUGGUGGAGGCAAUUUUAUCACUGUAUAACAUUGUAUGGCUGUCAGUGAGUCUGGAUCAGUUGAUGUAUCUGCUGAUAUAAGUAGUAGAAUGAACUGUUAAGUGUUCUUGGCUAUACUCUGUUCAGAUUCAACCAAAUGCUGCACAGCCAAUCAGACAGAGCUUCACACUACAGAUGGAUAAUGACCCAAAGCACACUGCACAAGCAAUCCAAGAGUUUCUCAAGGCAAAGAAAUGGGAUAUUCUUCAAUGGCCAAAUCAGCUUCUCACUUACUGAAGACAAAACUGAGAGACCCACAAACAAGGAGCAA